UGUUUAUCUCUUCCCGUUGCGAUCUUCGAGCCGCUUGUGGCCACCCCGGCUAAAGAGAGACAAGUUAAAACGAAUCCACGUCCAGCUUCCUGCAGCUCGUAGCUGCCAGGGCCUCUUGAACCUGCCUCUUUUUCUCCCCCCAGUCUCCGAUCCCACUUGCGUAUCACGAUUCGGUUUGCCUGCGCCUCUUUUCCUCUUUCAUCAUCCUCUGCUCUCCAUCCUUCUCGUCGCUCUCGUCGUUCCGUCGAACCAGACACACUGGCCACGGGGCAUCCGUUGGAACAAGUCAAGCCCGGCCCAGUCCCACCAGCCAAACCACAAACCCAUUCCCAGCAGAAUCCACCAGCCAGGGUGUACCCAAGAACAAGGACCCUUUUAUUAGUUCGUUCAGCACGGGCCUGCCUGCCUGAGCCACUCGACCUCUCCUCGCUGCUGUUACUCCACUCGAAUACCGUCACCACCUCCAUCACCCGUAGCCCUCAACCACUGGGCCGGUUCACAACCAUACGAGUCCGUCACUCAUCUUUCCUCUCCUCUUCCCACUCGGCCUGUCGCGAACCAUUUGCCAUAGAAAGCCACCUUCGAGUCAACUUCGAUCCAAGAGCCUCUCACAUUCUCGAAAUUUGACCCCCGCUCCCAAUCGCGAUUCAUCAGAUUGCAGUCAACUAAACAGUCAAAGAUCCUCGUCAUUUCAAUUCGGCUAUCCUGUUGAGAUCCCUACCUGCUGCCAACCAUUCCGAAGCAUUUACGGCGCUCACCUCGCUUCUGUCAAACGAGUACCUACCUACCAGUUAUUCUGCUGCCCUCGUCGCUUUCAGUCCCUCCCUUCGCCCUUUCUCGUACACGAUAUCGGCAGCGGCGAAAACCACAGCAACUUCUCUUGCGCCGCAGAUCCCCAGGCCGUAUUUCUGUCGCGUUCGGCGGCGCGAUUCCUCAACCGUUUCCCCUCACCGUCGAAACCCGGCCUCCUGCUCCUUUCGUCUUUUUCGCACUUUCGUUCUCUUCAACUUUUGGUCGCUUGAAGUCUCCGCUCAUUGAAUUGAGGUUGAAGCUGUCUGUUCGCCCGAACGAAUAGAAGUUCAUAUUUCUCGAUACGCCUCAGCCUCGCCUUCUGAAUCCAGCCCGCAAUCAAAACCUGCGAAACCCGCCGAGAAACUGGCCAACCCCAGACAUUGUGCCUUCAUAACAUGCUGCGCAUCGCCGUUUGCCGGGUGUUUAAGAGAUAGGAGAAGAAAAAGAAAGGGAAUCAUCGGCGUCUAUUAGCCGACCUGGCAAUCUGUACAAUAAAAACACCUUGCGUUGCCGUGAGGCUGAAAAGCGCCUCGUGCUCAGCCUACACUUUUUCAGCUCGGGAACCCCAGCCCUGUCCAACCUAUGCGCCUUUCAAAAGGUACGCCAUCCUCAUGCGUCUUUAUUCAUGUCGCAAAUCCCCUUACUCUCCUUUUAUGGAUUACGAACAGUCCAUGACCGCCUGCCCGCCGUUUCUACUCCUCAAGCACAUCCUAACACGGGAAGAGAUGUCGAAUGCACAGCCUGUUGCUCAAGGACUCGCACACUGACUAUUAUCCCAGAUCCGCAAAUAUCCCCAGAGGCUUCUGUUCCGACCUCUCCCACAUUCGUUAAACCACCCAGCUCAGCGCAGUCUCCUUCCAAAGCCCGAGCCAGCUUGCGCGACGACUUUGAAGAGUCGUCGAGACCUGGGAAGAAACCAAGGCUCGAAGGCCCUUUAAUGACUGCCGCCGUCGCCUUUGCCGAGGAACGACACAAAGCAUCUCCAUCUACGCCUCCUCCGACAUCUGGAACAAGUCCAAAUCCGUCUCACCAAGCCCGAAGUGCGCUCAUGGGCGCAAAUCAGAAUGUGACGAGCAAAGCUCUCGAGCCAACGUCGGACAUACCUUCAGAUCCUGCGACUACAGUCAGCGAGCCACUAGCUGUAGUUGCGGAAAAUAUUCAGCAACCAGGUGGAUCUGUUCCAGAAGGCUCUGCGUCCGGAGACAACCAUGCACCGUUGACUAGUCCAACAAGUAUGUCGAGCGGUGGGACGUUGGGAACCCUCGAAGGCAUGCCGGCCGUCUCGGGCAUGACCACCACCGUAGGCAGCCCCCUCGCGCUCGAAGAAACAGUCCGUCAGGUCGUGAAUGCAGAGGCAGGCUCUACCUCUCCUGGCGGUGUCGCGAAGACGGGGGCGCUCUCGUAUCCGACCCCCUUCUUACAACCACAAGUGGCGGAAAACGCUGCUAGACGAGGGAUGAGCUUGCCUCAUUCCGGUACACGACAAGGUACAAAAUCUCCUUCCAGCAAAAAGCACAGAUGCCCCUACUGCGCCACCGAGUUUACUCGUCAUCACAAUCUGAAGAGCCAUCUGUUAACGCAUAGCCAAGAAAAACCCUACGUCUGCUCGACCUGCUCAUCCCGCUUCCGCCGCCUUCAUGACCUCAAGCGGCACACCAAGCUCCACACCGGCGAAAGGCCUCAUAUCUGCCCCAAGUGUGGCCGCAAGUUUGCCCGAGGCGAUGCUUUGGCUCGCCAUAACAAGGGGCCGGGAGGUUGCGCCGGACGGAGAUCCAGUAUGGGCAGUUUUGGUGGGGAGGAAGAAGUGGAUGCGGACGAGUCAAUGGAGGGCGUGGUAUACGGCGAACCCGAACCUUUGGAGGAUGAAGAAGGCAACGACAAACGACCAGGUAUCCGCCGACAAGCACCUUCGGGAGACGACACGCUCGACGAUCCUGCCCAUACGUCUCGAAUUCCGAGCACGUAUCCUCCAAUACAGGGCCGUCCUCCGGGUGGCAUCGCCAGUGGUCAAUUUCCGCCUCGACCUGGAUUUAACCAACAAGGUGCGGGCCCCAGCAAUGCUCCGGUGACUUCACCUGCGGCAAUCCCGUUCCCACCCAUGUCCGGGUCGUCGUCGAGCGCGCGGACCUCCGCUCCAGGGACCGUCUACCCACAGAAUCCAAUGACAGAGAGUCCAAAACCUCUUUCGCCGGGCCAAACGCAGAGGGUUGGUCAACUCCCUGGAGGCGACGGCAGCAUUGGCAGGAACCGAUCACCAAGCACGACCUUUUAUCCCCAAGCGCACGCACGAUCCGGCGGUGGCUCAGGGUCGUCUCUGGGCGUGCCCUCGAGUGGUCCUCAGUUACCACCUCCUCAUGCGUUAAACCCGCCGGAUGCGAGAUAUACCUUGCCCAGUCAAGGCGGGCCGGCGCAUCCUCCCACUCAGCCUAGUGGGCCACCUACUCACAUGAGUGGGAGUGGCCCCUUGUCAUCUCACAGCAACAGUCUGUCGAGUCAUGGUCAUUCCGGCCAUGGCAGCGGAGAAACGUCCAAAGCCAUGUUUGCGCAAGAAGAGCGACUAUGGGCAUAUGUGACGAGCCUCGAACAACGGAUGAACAACAUGCAGGAAGAGAUUAAUUCAUUGAAGCACCAACUGGCCAAUGCUACACAGCAACAACAGCAACGGGUUUGAAACGUCUUUUAGUAUGAUACAGAGCACUCUUAAGCAACAACGAUUUUUGCUCGCCAACCAGACGGAAAGGAAAAGCAAAUAUGACGCUACAGAUAUUGUUCGGGCUUCGAUGUGGAGUUCGAAUACGAACAGCAAAAACAUGGCACAGUCAAAAAGCAUUAACAGGGCAUGCUGCCGGGGUUUUAUCCGAUUCUAGCAUUUUGCUUUGGGCACGUUACAGAUACCCCUCGUGUUGCAUCAUUUUUUACCCCUCUCUCUUUUUAAUUCACUCUAUACGAAGGGACAUUGCAGGUUUCCAAAAGACUGGGCGUCUUUUCUGUGUGUACGGGUUUCGGCGUUGAGGCAACGGAGGCGGGUUGGAUUGGCCUUGAGAUAUAGGCCAAGCGCAAUGCGACGGCGCCAUGAUGAUCUCAGUGCUCGUGACGGGGAUGAAUGCGGGCACGGACAAAAACCGGCUAGGGAUGGGAUCGGUAUGAGUUCAUUGACUGAUGGGCCAGAUGAUUGUGUUUGUUGUUUCACUUAUUUCACACCAAUGUGUAUAUGUACAUUACGGACCAUUUUUUAUACUGUCAACCAAAGAUUGGCCAAAAGACCGCACGGAACCUGGAUUCACGCUUGCCAUAUAAAGGCAGUUACAUCGGAAGGGGGCAUGGGGCAAUGGAAGCAGUGAAUACAGCUGGAUAGGGAGAGAAAAAAGGAAGUCUGUCCGGAAAUCUAGGUGAAAUGCACCAUCCUGGAGUUCUCCUACUGCCCUACAUGAGCCGUACCGAAUCUCGAUCCAUUUUAUCAAGUCUGCCCAUCGGUAUAAAACAAGAUGCA